AUGGCGCAACAUGCAGAGGUUCAUCCGUCCUUGACAAAACUGCAAGCCCUGAAAGAAGAUGACAAGACAGAGUGUGCAAUGCUGCGGUCCAGGAUUGAUGAACAGUCUCGCCUCAUUAUGAUUCUGAAACAGAGAGCGGAUGAGGCGACAGGAAAACAAGGCACCCUUGAACGCAUUAAUGCCGAGCUGAUGGAGUUUAGAGAACAAGCAACGGAAAAGCUUGAAUACGAGAUGAGAAGAUUCGAUAUGUUGGACCAGAGGUUCCAUGACUUAGCAUCAAAUCAUGAGGAAAUGAUAAAGUACAAAGACGAAUAUAAGAGAGUAAACCAACAGCUAAGAGCAGAAAACACCCGAUUAAAACAGGAAAACGAGGCCUUGUUUUCCAAGGCUCUGCUUGAGAAAGAUGCCGAGAUUGAAGAACUGGUAAAAAAGUGCACAACUCUCAAAGAUGAAUACUUGCAACUUGAUCUUCGCUUCAGAAAUCUGCAACAGGAUUCCAGGAGUAAAGAGGAGGGGCUGAAAAUCGAGAUCAGCCAGCUACAAGAUUCCUAUGGGAAAGACAUGAAAAGACUACAAUCUACUGUGGAUGAUUUAGAGGAAAGACUGAAAGGAGCAAAGCACAAGAUUCAGUGUCUCAGUGAGAGUCAGAGAUCAGCAGACUCUGACUCCCAGAACAAACUUCAGGUAUUGAGUAAGGAAAGAGAUGAACUGCUUGAACUGACCAUGCAGAGGGGCAAGCUCAUUCAGAAAGAGCAAACAGAAAACAAAAGACUUCAGAAGCUUAUUGAAGAAAAGGAGCAAGCUGUCAAAAGGAUGGAGGAAAAAUUUGAACGUGAGUCAGCGGCAGUGAAUGCCAAUCAGCAGGUGAGAAAACUGCAGGAACAGGUGCGACAGACCUCUCAGAAAAACACAGACAUGGUCAAGGAGUUUGAGGCAUUCAAAAAACAUGCAAACAGCAUGCUACAGAAGGAGCGAGAGUUGAACGAAAGGCUGAGGCACUUGGCUGGCUGAUGAACGUCAUGCUGGCUUCCUCUCCAGCUGUAAGUGGGAAUGUGUGUCAACAACCUGUGGAUGAUCGUGGGGUUCCCCCGGGCUCUGCUCGGUUUCCUCCCACCAUAAUGCUGGCCGCCGUUGUAUAAGUGAAAUAUUCUUGAGUACGGCAUAAAACACCAAUCAAAUAAAUGGAUGAUGAAUGAAAACUAUGUAUCAUCUGGAGGCAUGACUGAUGUUGGACACUUACAAAGCCAUUCCUUUACAACCCGCGCUGCCAUCUGAGAACUUAAACCCGGGGUAAAGCUGUGAUACGGUAAUUCUUCAACCUUUUCGCAUGUUUGCAAGGUGUUUAUUCAAGCAUAUUAUGAAGGCAUCUUAAUGUGCUUAAUAUAUUUACUGUUAUGGUAUAAUAAUUUAUGCAGAUUCACAAGCGAUCACAGGGAACUUAAACAUAUAAUUGUAUUAUGGACAGUAUUAUACAGUAUACAGCACGGUAUUUUCAUGUAGUCCUUAUGUAUGUGAAAUGGCAAGGCGAUGGCUGAUACUGGAGAAUAAUUCCACAUCUGUCAUCUUAAUUUAAUCAACAAUGGAACAGGAUGAGAUUGUUUUUAGUAUUGCAGUCCCAAGGCAUGGCCCUAGUCAAAUGAUUUCUUUUUCCAUAGGUCAAUAUUGUAUUUUCUCCGUGGACAAGAAAGUGUUUGUUUAUGUAGUUAUUUAUUCAUUCUCCCAGAAGAAGAAAGAUCAAAGUCCAUCCCAUGGAGAGAUACAUCCAGAAGUCCCAUACAUAAAUAAUAAAUGGUCUUGAAAUAGAUCAAUCAGAUCAGGCUUAA